GAAACAGGCUCGGGGAAGACCACUCAGAUCCCUCAGUACCUCUACGAAGCAGGAAUUGGCCGCCAAGGCAUCAUUGCUGUGACCCAGCCUCGCAGAGUAGCAGCUAUAUCCUUAGCUACCAGAGUCUCGGAUGAGAAGAAGACAGAGCUGGGGAAAUUGGUUGGCUAUACUGUACGCUUCGACGAUCUUACGUCUGAUGAAACUAGAAUCAAGUUUUUAACAGAUGGAAUGCUGCUCCGUGAAGCUAUUGGGGACCCUAUGCUGCGGAAGUACAGCGUUGUCAUCCUGGAUGAAGCCCACGAGAGGACAAUCCAUACUGAUGUACUCUUUGGAGUGGUGAAAGCUGCACAAACGAAACGGAAGGAACUGGGCAAACUGCCACUAAAAGUGAUCAUCAUGUCAGCUACGAUGGAUGUUGACCAGUUCUCCCAGUACUUCAGUGGAGCUCCUGUUCUCUAUUUAGAAGGCCGGCAACAUCCCAUUCAGGUCUUUUACACCAAGCAGCCUCAGAGUGAUUACCUCCAAGCAGCACUGGUGUCAGUCUUCCAGAUCCACCAGGAAGCACCCUCUUCUCAGGACAUCCUGGUGUUUCUGACUGGUCAGGAAGAAAUUGAAGCAAUGACCAAAACCUGUCGAGACAUUGCCAAGCAUCUCCCUGAUGGCUGCCCACAGAUGGUGGUGAUGCCUCUUUACGCUUCUCUGCCCUACUCUCAGCAACUCCGUGUCUUUCAGGCUGCCCCCAAGGGCUGUCGCAAAGUGAUCCUCUCCACCAACAUCGCAGAAACCUCCAUCACCAUUGCGGGAAUAAAAUACGUUGUGGACACAGGCAUGGUCAAAGCAAAGAAGUACAGCCCGGAAAUCGGUCUGGAAGUGUUGGCAGUCCAGCGGGUGUCGAAGGCCCAGGCUUGGCAACGAACAGGGAGAGCAGGGCGAGAGGACAGUGGGGUCUGUUACCGGCUCUACACAGAGGAUGAGUUUGAGAAGUUUGACAAAAUGACAAUACCUGAGAUACAGAGGUGUAAUCUGGCCAGCGUGAUGCUUCAGCUCCUGGCCCUGAGAAUUCCCAAUGUGCUCACCUUUGACUUCAUGUCCAAACCGUCUCCUGAUGCUAUUCAAGCAGCGAUUGAGCAGCUGGACCUGCUGGGAGCUGUGGAGCGAAAGGAUGAUCAGCUUGUUCUAACCCCCUUGGGAAGGAAGAUGGCAGCCUUUCCACUGGAACCAAAGUUCUCUAAAACCAUCCUCCUGUCCCCCAAGUUCCACUGUACAGAAGAGAUCCUGACCAUCGUGUCGCUGUUAUCAGUGGACAGUGUCCUCCACAAUCCCCCCGCCCGGCGGGAUGAAGUGCAAUCCGUCAGAAAGAAAUUCAUCUCCAGUGAGGGGGAUCAUCUUACCUUGCUCAGCCUGUACAGGGCCUUCAAAAAUGUCAGUGGCAACAAGGAAUGGUGCAAAGAGAACUUUGUCAACAGCAGGAACAUGAUGCUUGUGUCAGACGUCAGAGCUCAGCUCAGGGACAUUUGUGUAAAGCUCUCGAUGCCGAUCGAGUCCUCCCGCUCAGACACUGGAAACAUCCGCCGCUGCCUGGCUCACAGCCUCUUCAUGAACGCCGCGGAGCUGCAGCCGGACGGCACCUACAGCACCGUGGACUCUCACCAGUUGGUGGCCAUCCACCCCUCGUCCGUGCUCUUCCACUGCAAGCCAGCCUGCGUGGUUUACAACGGGCUGCUUCACACCAACAAGCGCUACAUGCGGGACCUGUGCGUGGUGGACGCGGACUGGCUGUAUGAUGCGGCGCCUGACUAUUUCCGCAGGAAGCUCCGAACGGCCAAGAACUGACCGGUGGGUCUGGGACCAACAGGGCCGGGGUUUUUAGGCUCGCCCUAAAAGACUGGUUUUUUUGUAAUGAAUAUACGGGAGCAGUAGAGCUUUGCCUUGCCAGUCAGGUAAAAACCUUAGAGGAAAAUGGCU